UGUUUUUGUUCAGUGCAGUAUUGCGUUAUACCUCUACGCUUCACAGUCAAACUGUGACAGAUUGUUGCGACACCCGUUCACGAGUGUCACUCACAAAGGCGUACAAGGAAGCCCACACGGAACAUACUAUCCUGACUAACACAAUGUAGUUGUUGUGUCGGGUCGUGGGUCACAUAUGUACGGGUAUUUCCUGAUCGGCCAUAGCAUACUGUUCACAAGGAGCUACCUACCAACAGAGUUCUGUCUAAAGUGAAACAGAUGUUUUCGAAAGUGACACAUAUUUAACAAUCCGACAUGCGACCAAACUCCUGGGAAGAAUGGGGGUGCAACUUGACACCCCCCAUGCUGCCAGUGGACUGUCUCCUGCCGACAGGCAUCACUGUGCUGAUGACUUGCAAGAGGGACGCAACCCUUGAGAAACUGAAAACAGAUCUGUGGAUAGCAUCCAAGAACUAUCCCCUCCAUCGGCUCCUCCUCUGUCCGGAGUCGUACAUUUUUGUGGGAAUAACCCAGGAUGCUGAGAGAGAGGAGUUUUAUGAUGAAACUCGGAGACUUUGUGACUUGCGGUUGUUUCAAGCCACCCUCAAAGUCAUGGAACGGGUUGGAAAUGGUGAAGAAAAGAUGUUGAAUUAUGAAAUAGGCAUGGUGAUCGGUAAACCAGUGAAUGAAUUCAAUGAGAUGAAAGAUCUAGAAGUGAUGACAUUUCGACGGAAAAUUCUGGGAGUGUGCAAGGAGACGAUCGACAAGCGAGAGAAGGACACAGGGCUCAGCCGGGUGCUGUAUGCGUAUCCCCCAGACAUUGAAGCAAGCCCAGUCCUGCCUCCACAUCUGACUGAAAAACUCCAGAAGUCUGAAAAUUCUCUGAUAAUCUGUAUCUGGGUGGUGAAGAGUGAUGGGAAUCGAAACAAAUACAGCAUGAAGGUGUCCCACAAUGCAUCACCAACAGACGUGAUCGCGGAGGCCAUCCGUCAUCGAAGUCAUAUCAUGAACGUGUCCAAGGAACAUUCAGAGAAAUAUGUCGAUGGGUACAGACAUACGUACGUUCUCAAAGUGUGUGGGUGCGACCAGUUUCUUCUGGCGGACUGUCCCAUCAGCCAGUAUAAGCCGAUCCGUGAGUGCAUCGCCAACGAGAAGAUCCCGCAGCUGAUGCUGUUGCUGAAGGAGAGUGUGUUCGACUCGCUGCACAAGAAUGAGUUCUUCCUGCCGUCAUAUUCCGUACGAGGUAUUCAGGCUCUGAAUGAGAUCAACAACCAGCAGACCGUGUCCCUCUGGGACGUUCAGACCAUGAUGGGGAUAAAGGUGACCUGCGCCACGAAUGUCCUCGUCAAGGACCUCGGCAAGAUUUACGUGAAGGCGUGCGUGUAUCACGGGACGGAGCCUCUUUGUGAGGCCCGGAACACCCAGCAGGUGGACUCGACCAAUCCACGCUGGGACCAGUGGCUAGAGUUCCUGCCGAUCCCAGAUAUUCCCCGCAGUGCUCGUCUCUGUCUCUCUAUAUGCUCCGUCUCCAAGAGGAAGAACAAAAAAGACUCCUUGGCUCUUGCGUGGGGUAACCUGCAGAUGUUUGACUUCAACGACCGCCUCCUGUCAGAGAAGAUCAGUCUCCACCUAUGGCCGAUGCCCCAGGGAAUGGACGACCUGGUUAACCCCAUCGGAUCACCAGGGUCCAGCCAGGACAAAGACUGUCCGUGUCUUGAGAUUGAAUUCAUAAAGUUCAGCCACCCAGUGCAGUACCCUUCCGAGUCUCACUUGGAACAACUGGCCAACCACAUCACUGAUAGGGACAAGUACUCUGAGAUCGACACAAAGCAAGAGUUGGAGCGGGACCGGAAGAUGCUGGAAGACAUCAUCAGCAAAGACCCUCUGUCGGAUCUGUCGGAGCAGGACAAAGAUCUCCUGUGGAAUAGGAGGGAACUUUGUUUAAAGUUGCCCCAAUCUCUGCCAAAGUUGUUAUGCUCGGUCAAGUGGAACAAUAGAGAGAAUGUGGCACAGCUGUAUGUAUUGUUGAGAAGAUGGCCUUCGGUUUUGCCAGAGGUGGCCCUGGAACUGUUGGAUUGCUCCUACUCCGAUCUGAGGGUCCGACAGUUUGCCGUGGAAUGUCUGGACCGUGGUCUCCAUGAUGACGAACUAUCUCAGUAUCUUCUGCAGCUUGUGCAGGCCCUCAAGUACGAGCCAUACCUGGACAAUCCCCUCACCACAUUCCUGCUGAAGAGAGCUCUUCUGUCUCAGAGGAUAGGAAAUUUCUUCUUCUGGCAUCUCAAAUCGGAGAUGCACCACACGUCAUCUCGGUUGAGGUUUGGGCUGGUGUUAGAGGCGUACUGUCGAGGAUGUGGGUCAUUCCUGAAAAAGCUGAGUCAGCAAGUGGAGGCGUUGGAGAAGCUCACCAGACUUACCAUCAUGCUCAAGUCAGUGGUCAAAGAUGAUGAGCAGAUGAAGUUCCUGCAGGAGCAGCUGCAGCAGCCUGACUACCAGGAGGCGCUCAAGAGAAUCAUCUCCCCCCUCAACACAGCCCACAUCCUGGGGGAGAUCAUACAAGCUGACUGUGCUGUCAUGACCUCCAAGAAGCGCCCCCUGUGGCUGGUGUGGAGUAACCCAGACCCCAUGAAAGAUAUGCAUCAGUUCGACUACAGAGUCAUCUUCAAGAAUGGUGAUGAUCUGAGACAGGACAUGCUGACUCUCCAGGUCAUCCGGCUGAUGGACACCAUCUGGAAGGCUGAAGGCCUCGACCUCAGGAUGAUUCCCUAUGCAUGUUUGGCGACAGGGAAGGAUGUGGGUCUCAUUCAGGUAGUUCGGAACGCCAAGACGAUUACGUCGAUACAGUCCGGUGGGGGAGCUCGGGCCACCAUACAGAUGGACUCCUCCCAGCUUCAUCGGUGGAUCAAGGAGAAGAAUGCAGACAGGUAUGACCAAGCAAUCGACGCCUUUACCAGAUCGUGCGCUGGAUACUGCGUCGCCACGUUCGUGCUGGGCAUCGGCGACAGGCACCCAGGGAACAUCAUGGUGACGGAAGAAGGACAGGUAUUCCAUAUAGAUUUUGGACAUUUCUUAAACCACAGAAAGAAAAAGUUUGGGAUCAACAGAGAGCGUGUUCCGUUUGUCCUGACUGAGGAUUUCCUCCGAGUGAUAGCCAAGGGUGCGGACCAGCCGUCGAAACAGAAGGAGUAUGAGCGGUUCCAGGAGCUGUGUGUAUCUGCCUUCGUCGUCCUGCGGGAAAAUAAACGGUUGCUGAUCACCCUGUUCUCGCUGAUGUUGUCGUGCGGAAUCCCGGAGCUCCAGUCUCUCGACGACAUUGAGUACAUACGCAAGACACUGUCAGUGGAGAAGACGGAGAAGGAGGCUGUCAAGUACUUCAUCGAGCAGCUCCAGAAGGCUUACGGAGGCCAGUGGACGACCAAGGUGGACUGGCUCUGCCACAACGUCAAGGGCUUGUGGUGAUCACAUGGAGGCUGUGAAUGUUGAGUGACAAUCAUCCGACUUAAACAUGGUUUAAAAUCCCAUUUUGUAACUAAAGUAGAUUAACUAUUUGAAUGAAGACUAUUUGAUUUGUCUUGUGAAUUAAAGUUCCAAUCAUCAAUUCCCAUUUCACAGACUCUAACAAUGUUGCUUCAAGACCUUAUGAAGCAAAAAUUGUAAUUGAUAUUUUAUGUCCAGAUAAGACCAGGGGUAGUGCCAGGGGUAGUUCCAGGGGUAGUGCCUGGGGUAGUGCCAGGGGUAGUGCCUGGCCCAGACAAGAAAAGAUAAGACAAGUUUAGAAAACAUAAGUAAUAUUAUGAAAUGAAGUUCAGAGGCUAUUGUUAUGCUGGUGAUGUUGAUGGUAAGAUUGAUUUUAGAGGAAUGAAUAUGAUCAACUCAAUUUUAUUUUAUUUUUUCAAUUGGACAUUGAUAUAGACUCCCAUUUACACUCACAUCCACUCACAUUCUGUAAGACAGGAAAAAGAUUAAUAUAACGAUGUCAGACAGAUAUGUAUGUAAGCAAGAACAGUGUACAUCUUUCAUCAAGACCACUGCCCUCCAGAAGUCACUACAUCUGCAUCAGCUAGUUCAUGGUAAAACAUACACUUGGUAUAAGACUUAGCUGGAUGGAUUUUGCUAUUGUUAUGAAAAAAUUGAUAUCUACCCUCCAGUGACUUCUGUUUCACUCCUGUUUUCUACAUAUAUUUAGUAACCAAUCAAUGUACUUUAUAUACUGUAAACAGGGAUUUUUUUGCGACCGUUUUAUUAUUGCGAGUUUUGCGAACGAGACUCAUUCGCAAAAAUUAAAAACUCAAAAAUAAGUAUAACUAAUACAUACAUACUUUAUUCAUUGCAACACGUCAUCAAAUGUUGAAAUCAUCAACCAGAACCACAAGUUACUCAAUAAGUUAAAAACACAAAUGAAUGCAGAAUGGUCACACUAUACAUCACAAAUGACAGUGUCACUGUUACCUCACAGUAAUCCUGCCUUCUCCCAACCUCGCUUGAUUGUGUCAGUGUCCUUUGCAAUUUUGUCCACACAGGAAACAAGCCAUCUUGCGUGUACCUUUAUGUAUCUCCACAUUGUCACAAUUUGUGAGUGAUGAACAGGAAAGGGGGCGUAGACAGGAAGUCAGUAUUAAUCUUAUACAGACUCCCUAGGAUGGGAAUAACAAAUUUAUAUCUCACUUCUGGUAAACACUUAUUUACCUUACCCAUUGAUCGUUAACCAUCAUUGAGGUAG